GAAAAUCCCAAGGGGAGGAGAUUCAGAGGCCAGGGGCGCCGGGCGAGGUGGGGCUAAGUGUUGCGUGCGCGGUUGGCGGCUUUUGUGAGGCAGCGGCGGUAGCGAAUAGGGCGGCUCCGUAAGGGGUGGCUGAUAUGCGUGAAAUGGGAAGGUGGCGACACUGGGAAAUUGCGACGCCCUCAGCAGCAGUAGCGACUUCGUAUUCAUGGAGAUUUUUCCUCCUUCUUCUCUGUGUUUCUCUGCCUUUCCUAAGGUGGUGGUGGUGGUGGCGGUGGCAGCGGCGGCAGCAGAAGCAACAGCGGAAGUGACGGUCAGUGUGGGGUGCUUGUCGUUGGGGGAAGAUGCCGACUGUGGCUGUGCUAGGCAGACCAGAAGAGACCGCCCCUCUUCGUAGGGUCAGCGGGAAUAGCUGUGCUUCAGAGCUGCUGAGAGGUGAUUCAUGGCAGGGGACGUGGAAGGAUUUAGUUCCUCCAUCCAUGACACCAGCGUCUCAGCUGGGUUCAGAACACUGUAUGAGGAGGGAUUACUGCUUGAUGUCACCCUUGUUAUUGAGGAUCACCAAUUUCAAGCUCAUAAAGCACUUCUUGCCACCCAAAGUGAUUACUUCAGGAUUAUGUUUACUGCUGAUAUGAGGGAACGAGACCAGGACAAAAUCCACUUAAAAGGACUGACAGCAACUGGCUUUAGCCAUGUUCUCCAGUUCAUGUACUAUGGAACUAUUGAACUGAGUAUGAGCACUGUUCAUGAAAUCCUGCAGGCUGCUAUGUAUGUUCAACUUAUUGAAGUGGUGAAGUUCUGCUGCUCCUUUCUCUUAGCAAAAAUAUGUUUGGAAAACUGUGCAGAAAUUAUGAGACUUUUAGAUGACUUUGGUGUAAACAUCGAAGGAGUAAGAGAAAAGCUGGAUUCCUUUUUGUUAGAAAAUUUUGUGCCUCUCAUGGCCAGACCUGAUUUUUUGUCCUAUCUCAGUUUUGAAAAGCUUAUGACUUACUUGGAUAAUGAUCAUCUGAGCAGAUUCCCAGAGAUAGAACUCUACGAGGCUGUUCAGGCUUGGCUGCGGCAUGAUAGAAGACGCUGGAGGCAUACCGACACCAUCAUUCAGAACAUCAGGUUUUGUUUGAUGACACCAUCCAGUGUUUUUGAAAAGGUGAAAACUUCAGAAUUUUAUCGUUAUUCCCGCCAGUUACGGCAUGAAGUGGAGCAGGCUAUGAAUUACUUCCAUAGUGUGCAUCAACAGCCUUUGAUGGAAAUGAAAUCAAAUCGCAUUCGUUCUGCCAAACCCCAGACUGCAGUAUUUAGAGGAAUGAUAGGACACAGCAUGGUAAAUAGCAAAAUUCUCCUCCUGCACAAGCCAAGGGUCUGGUGGGAGUUAGAAGGCCCACAGGUACCUUUGAGACCAGACUGCCUUGCUAUUGUUAAUAACUUUGUAUUCUUAUUGGGUGGGGAAGAGUUGGGGCCAGAUGGUGAAUUUCAUGCUUCCUCCAAGGUGUUCCGAUACGAUCCAAGGCAAAACUCUUGGUUGCGAAUGGAAGAUAUGUCUGUACCACGGUCAGAAUUUGCUGUUGGUGUUAUUGGAAGAUACAUCUAUGCAGUAGCUGGAAGGACAAGAGAUGAGACAUUUUAUUCAACUGAACGAUAUGAUAUUACAGAAGAUAAGUGGGAGUUUGUAGAUCCUUAUCCAGUCAAUAAAUAUGGACAUGAAGGAACUGUUCUUGGUAGCAAGUUGUACAUCACUGGUGGAAUAACAUCAUCAUCUACAUCCAAGCAGGUGUGUGUGUUUGAUCCCAGUAAAGAAGGGACUGUGGAGCAGCGAACAAGGAGGACUCAAGUGGUAACUAAUUGUUGGGAAAACAAAUGCAAAAUGAAUUAUGCAAGAUGUUUUCACAAGAUGCUUUCUUAUAAUGGCAAGCUUUAUGUUUUUGGAGGUGUCUGUGUAAUCCUGAGAGCCUCGUUUGAGUCUCAAGGGUGCCCUUCUACAGAGGUUUAUGACCCAGAUACUGAUCAAUGGACAAUUUUGGCUUCUAUGCCAAUUGGUAGAAGUGGCCAUGGUGUGGCUGUUCUGGACAAACAGAUAAUGGUUCUUGGAGGCCUUUGUUACAAUGGUCACUACAGUGAUUCAAUUCUUACUUUUGAUCCUGAAGAUAAUAAAUGGAAAGAAGAUGAAUAUCCAAGAAUGCCCUGCAAACUUGAUGGUUUACAAGUUUGUAGCCUACAUUUUCCUGAGUAUGUGCUGGAACAUGUUAGACGUUGUAGUUAAAACAAAAGACUCAAGAAGAAAGUAUUUAUAAUUCAUGAGAAAAGCAGAGUAGGGGGAAAGAAAACAGAUUAAAUUUCAUUGUCCUGUGUAAUAUACAUCUUAAUAAAAAGAAAAAAGUGUACAGGAAUGCAUCUACAAAGUUUAUUAGGAAUGCCAAUAACUGCAGUUUCAUAUUAAUUUUUUUACAUAUUGUAUGGUCUGAGAGAGGGGAAAAUAAAAGUUGUUCUUCCAUUUUAUGUGUGGUAAACCUAUAUAAUAGACACACACUGACACAGUUCUCUAUAAGCAAAAAUUUUAUUGUUCAGAAAUUACUGGAACAUACUGUUUUUGAAAGAUGGUUUAAAAACAAAUGUAUUGUGCAUUUUAAUUUUUUAAACAGGCUAAAAUUUCAGCACCCUUACUAUAACAUAUUUUCUUCUAAUAUAGCAGUGAAAUGGGCCUUUUGUUUUAUGUACAUCAUUUGUUCUUUUGAUACUUCUUUUUCACUUUUAUGCCCCCUUGAGCAAAUUUGACACAUCACAUUUUGAUAUUGGUCACAAUUUAAAAUAGUUUUAUAUUUUUUUAUAUGAUUUUCCUUAAUUUUAUGCAAUAGUUCCACUCAGUCUGCUGAAAAAUAAGUUUCUAAAAAUAAGAGUUUUUUACAAAAAUUCUGGACUGCCUUUGUUUUGUUUGUGAAUAAAAUUUAUGUAUACAAACGUGAAUAUACAUGGUCAAGAUAAAAUGCAUAUUUUUAUGUGCAGCUGAAAGUCUAUUUUUACUAGUGCACAGGUAUCAGCCAUAUCUGUAGAAUUUUAGCUGUAAUGGUAUCCUUUCAUAUGUACAUUCAUUGGGUAACUGAAAGCUUCAUUCCCAUUAAUGUAAUAUACGUUUGGUAUAUGCUAAUGGAUGCAGUAACGUUUGAAGUUCUUUUAAUGCAAAUAAGGAAGAAAGCAAACCUACUUGUAUGUGUGAAUUUUUUUAAAGAUAUUCCAGUUUAUCUUCUUAGUGCUUUGCCCCUGAAGUACCUACCAGAAAUGUGUGUAUUAAUCACAAAAACUGCUCUCUUAUGAGCAGAUAAUUUUCUCCAGGUAUUACCAGCUGUUGGCAAAACCAGUUCCUUGCACUGAUUAAGCUACUGUCCUUAAAAGCAGAGAUUUGACUGACCCAGCAUUAUUUCAGCAAACUGGAAAUAUUGCUGGCUUCACUAUCCCUAAAUAGGAUGGCUGGCAGGGGCAGGGACACUAUAUCCCUUGAAAUGUUGUUGAAUUACAACGCUUAACCUCAGUCAGCAUGGCCAGUAGUUGUAGUUCAGCAACAUUUGGAGUUCCCCACCUCUGGACAAGAGCAUGUUGCUAAAAGCACUUUCUAAAUGUGUAGAUACAUGUCUGAAAAUGAGUGAUAUCACUUAAUCUGAAUAGAACUCUGAAUUGAUACUGAACUUUCACUAUCUCUUUAAAGUAAUGUGGAAAUGUGAAAAAUAAUACUUGACAAUUUGAAACUUGCUGACUCUGGGCAGACUGCUGAGAUGGUUUCAUGAGACACAAUUGCUCAUGUAAAACAUGGAAAUAUAAACUGCACAAUUUUAUUUAUAAUUGGGAAUCUCUGUAGAACAAGUAUAUGCUAUAUUCUGGGAGUUUAAAAUCAUACAUGUGAUAAGUUCCCAAUUUGUAUUGUAUAUAACAGUAACAUAUUUGGCUGAAGUAAAUGAGGCUUUAAUGUUUAUAUAAUUGUGCCCUUUCCAGGCUCUUCUCUCUGAAAGAUAAAUUCAUGAGGCAAUAUUACUUUGUGAUUAUCUCCAAGAUCAUGAGUAUAAACUACCCCAAUAAUAAUAUGCUAUAUUUACUGAGGUCAUACUAUAUUAAAAUGAAAGCUAGACCAAAUUUUCCCAUUAGUUUCUUGCACACAGCCAAUAUUUGAAUGGUCUUGAAUUGCGUAUGUUUCUGAAAAAAAGAAGCAUCUUACUAGCACAAAUUCAAAUGCAUGUUAAGCCAAAAGUGAUUCUAUUGUUCUGUGUAACUUAUGUUUACAUCUGCAGAAGUAUAUUUUAAUGUGAACGUUGGAUAGUUACUGACUUUCCUAAGAUGCAAACAAAACUAAAUUCUGUAAUUGGCAACUUCAUAAGACAAAACGGAAUUUGUGUGUUAGGGAAAACGCAGUGGCAGAGACAUAUUCUGUUCUGCUCUAAGACAAAACAACCCUGCUCAGAAUAGGUUUGAAGGUAUAUCGGUAAAUCUGAAAUAUAAAUAAAUAAAAUAAAUAAAAAUAUACCAUCAUUCUCCCAUUUUGCUAUAAACCCAUUCAUUUCUGUAUUAGUAUAUAGAUAGGGGGAAGUGCAGUUUAAUGCACAGCAUGUUCCAAGAUCUGAUGUAUAACUUCCCACAUCCCAUCUUAAGAAUUUAUGCAUUGCUAGAGAACAGUGUAAACCUAAGUCUCUCAAAAUAAGUGGAGUUCUGUGGUAACUGCUUGAAAUUUUUCUCACCAUAAAAUUUACUUUUAAUUAUUUUAGUCAGUCUAUUCAUUAGACUAAAAUUAACUCAUUCUAGAAGUGUUUGUAGUAGCAGGAUAAAAUCAGAUUAAAAUUGAAGUGGAUUUUUCCUAAGUAUGUUAGAGCCAUUUUCAUAUGAUGUUAAUUAUAACAUGUAUGAAUAGCAGAGAGGCUUAGGCACUUACUGCACUUGCUUCACUAUGGUUGUUACGAGAUCAAAGACUUCUGGUUGUAAGAGAAUGAGAGUUCUUGAUUGUAUCUAACUUGGGGAACUUUCAUUAGGCUAGGUUUAAACUAUAGUUUACCUUCUUGGCUUUUAAGAAAUGUUUGAACACAAAUGGGAGCUCUAGCCAGUUUUAAAGUGAACUUUACAAGUCGCCUUGCAGCUAUAUCUGAAAGGGCUUCUAAGCCCAAGGUCUUCACUGCUUAUGUGUAUAAAUGUUUUUAUAAAAUAUGCCAGAACGUGGCUACACAUGCAAAGCUCAUAAAGGCAUUUUUACUCUAGGAGUGCUUUUAACAGAAUCCUCCAUAUCCAAAUCUGAAACAAAAUAAUUUAUAUAGUAUGUGGCCUGAUCAAUACCUAAAUCAGCUUGAAUAUCAUAUAGAAGAAAUGUUUAAAAAACAAGUAAUUUAUCAUUGAAGGAAUAAUAAAGUUAUGAAAUAUGUUAAUAGAUAUUUGAACUUAUGAACUGCUUUCUCACAUUAUAAGUUAUCUGAAAAGAUACAUAAAGGUAAUGGAACCAGUUACUUAAGAUUCUAUGGUGCUUGUGAUUUCUACUUAAUCACUAUUUCUCAUUCCAUUGUAAUACAAGAGCCUGGUUUUAUGCACAUUUAAUAAGAAGUUAGCUCAAAUGAGUUUACGGUACUUGGGCUGAUACUUAAGUUAGCCUACAUAGGAUGUCAGUCUUAAGUUGUUCAAGCCUGCUCUUACACACACUGGAUAAAAAACUUAACCAUCUUAACGUGAAUUUUGCUGUUCUUGCUUUUUUGAUUAAAAGGCAAAUACUUUCAGCUUAUAAAUGCCAGAUGACUUCUAACCUAUUAUCUUCCUUUGGUUCAUGAUAUUAUUCUAAACUGUACAUUCUUGAAAUUCCUAUGCAUAUGAACAUAACUUAUCAGUUGUUAUAUACUUAAGGUUACAAGAGAAAAGAAUGUAAGAAUGUAGCAGAUACAGCAAAUCACUCACCCUUUUGGUAUUAAGAAUUGUAAUUAUUUGGCAUUUCUCCAUCCAUGUCUGUCACAACUAUAGUUUGUUGAUUCCUGUGCUCUCCUAAAAAGCUCACUAUUUGGUUUAAGCCAUUUUCAUUUGCAUUGGUAAUUAAAAUGCCAAAUUUAGUGCCAAAAUGGGAGAAAACUAAAAACAUGAAAACGAUUUUUAGAGGAUUUAAGCAUAAUGCAGUAGACUAAGGCCUGGGCAUUUCACUUGGGAGGCUGCAUACGUUAGGUAUAAAAAAGUAACACUUGGCAGGGUUAGAAGAAAAAAAAAGACUUUAUUCUUAGGGACAAAUGGUUCUCCAGAACCCCUAGUGUCUUGCAGCAAUUAACUAAUGUUUACAUGUGCUUAAUAAAUUAUUUUUUAAAACAUCUUACUCUAGAAAGACUGUUCUUAACUUUUAUGACACAUUCAUGUUGAUGCAACUUAAUUGUGAAUAGCAUUUCCCGUAUUAUCCUAGUGGAGGAAAAUAAUACAACUAAAAUGACAAGGAUACUACUUUAAAAAAUUAGGCACCAAUAAAAACUUUGAGCAUGAUUUGUAUGUCCAUUUCUUAUGCCAGGUUAGUCAAUACUAGAAGAAAAGUUAUUUGGUCACACUUAAAACUGUAAAAAUCUCUAGGCUAACCUCACAGAGUUCCAUCACAGCUAGUUUUUUAUUUAUGUCAUGGAGUAGUUGAAUGUGAAAAUUUUGUAUUUUUUUAUUAUCACGUAAGUUACUGAUGUUCGAAGGCUUUUAUUUUUUAAUUCCAUUUCUGAAAUGAGAAUGUCUGUACACAAUUCAACAAUAUCACUCCUACCAUGGGUAUAAACAAGAAAAGGAAAUAAGGGCCAAUACCUGAAAACAAAAUUUGCUUCAAGUUCCACACCAGAAAAUGUUUUUCCCCUGUUUUAUGGCAUCAUAGUAAUUAUAAAGUUUAUUCAACUACUAUAGAAAGGGACACAUACAUACAUUUGAACGAUAAUCAGGACUACUUAUUCUGAAUUAUAUUAGUAAGUUUUAAUUAGGAUUAAAUUUCAUAUGUAAGUUUUAUAACUAGAAUUUCAAAUACCACACCAAAUAAAUUUUGAGAAUAUAGUAACAAGUUAGAGGAGCUGCUGUUGCAGGAUGAUUAUUUAUGCAUAUCCAGUGUUGCUUUGCAACGUAUCUAAUAAAAUGUUUUCAUGUUAAUUUGAAGUUACCUUUGAAUUGUGCUACAGUAAAUUGGAAUACUUUGCUCAAAUAUGCACUGUGCAGUUGUAAUAAUUUUCCUGAAGCAGUUGUAAAACUGCAAUCUUUUAAAUUUUUUAAAAAGCAUUUUUUUCUUUCUACUUCUCUGCGAACGUUAAUCUGACUCAUCCUGUGAAUGCAUUUUGUUCAGCCAUGCAUAUAUACUCUAUUCUGUUUUUAAGCAAGGUGUAAAAAUUGUAUAUAAAUAAGAAUGUAAAUAAAAUAUUUUUAAUUUUCAUUA